GGAACAUAGGAUUCACAGAUCUGUAGACAAUCUAUUAAGGUCAUACUUACACACAAAAAAAGUCACCUAGCUAUGCAUAUUCAAAUAAAGAAUGCACUGUGUAAACAAAAACAUAACUUCAUUUUGAAGCGUGAAGCUAUUAGCACAACUGCACUUUCAGAGCUUUUGCCAAGGGAAAUCUGGGUGGCUCCCAUCAGCCUACAUUGAGAGGUGCUAGAGGACUCAUGCGGGUAAUUAAAGUUUUAUUGACCUCAUAAUUUGGAUUUCCCUUUGUGUUCUCCUUUACCAAUCUGUUGGAGCAGCUUGUCAAAAGAUAAAAGCCAAUUCUUGGAGAAUUAAUAAUAACCGCCCGUAAAAAAUUUAGCAUCCUUGGAAAUAUUUCAAUAGAUUAUUUUAAUUCGUGUGAUAACGUUCAUGUUGCUAUUCGAUUACAUAUACAGCUGACAACUAAAAAGAUCACAUCCUCCUAGUAGGUUAAGGAAAAUUUUGAAACAUGAAGGUGAAACCAAAAAGGAAUAUGGUGGAAUCAGUAACUAGGAACACCAGGCUUGUAGGUAGGAAGGCAAAAUUAAAUGGUAAACACAACACGAUAGAAGGAAAAUAUUCAAAACUGGUAUAAAUUAAGAAACCUACCAUAUCGAGGAUAGGACUUCCUGCAAAUUGCAAACAAGAGCGUCUGCAAUAGAGAUUGGGCACAAUUGAGCGAGGUGAAGAUGAAAAGUCACCAACUCUGCUCCAGCGGACCAAAAAGCUGCAAGAAUAGCAGUUCAAUUAAAUCAUAUCAAAUGGUAAUACAACAGACCACUAUGAACAAUAUUAAUAUUAGACUAUUUCAACUUUCAACUCUAACCAUUAUCAUGACCAUAACAAUAAUGAACAAAUCACCUUAGUUAACUUACUUCCAGAAGCGUUUAAUGUUCCUUUAUGGCACUCUAAAUCUUAUUGUGAUGACUAACGAAACAACAGAGAAUACAUACUCACGUUCUAGAGAAAUAUAUGUUGCAUAAACUUAAACAUUCAAUACCACCAACUAUAAGGCAAUAGUCUUAAAAGUCCAGUAUACCCUACUCCACCAUCUUAAAAAACUCAUAUAGCAAGAAAGUUGUCAUUCAUAAUGCAAGUUGGAGAUCCUUAAGAAAGCAAAGAAUCCAACUGCCUAUUACUAAAUAGAAAAAUCCUAUGAAGCCUCGCCUCCUUUAAUAACGAUAAAUCUUAGUAUAGAACACAAUCAGAAGCACCAUCACACAAGCAUAUAGUCAUCCUAGUUCCUGGUUCAGUAUCAUCCAAAAAAACAAAGAAUGCAAUAUAAGAACAGAAUGCAACGAAGGAGGGUGGCAUAUUAGAGAUAAAUGUGUGUACCUGAAACUUUUUUGUGAGUAGUCUACUUAAACCAUGCUAUUUCUUUGUUAGUAGCUAAACUACAGUACAUGCCUAUACUGAAAAUCUGUACACAUUUCAGGAGACCAGUGGUCAAAAUUAUUAUCAGGGAUUCAUUGAUCGAUCAAUUUGAGAAUGUAGUCCCUCACCAACCACAAUCACGCAUUACAUGCGUAGUCACAUCAUUAUAUACUGAAAAGAAGAAAGGUAAUCCAAAAUACUUUAGAGCAGCCUCCUAUUCAUCAACAAUUAGAUUUCCUAUUUCGACCAGAAUGCCAAUUCACUUGACUGAGUUGCUUGCAGGUGACUUCUAUUUUGCUACAUCAGUGGCUUCGAAAUUAUACUUUAAUUUGAAUUGUCCAGACUUGCAUCAUUUACUAAACCCGUAAGAUAACUCUAUGUACCACAAUUCACUUGUGUUGUACGUUGCUUAUUGACAAAUUUGAACCCCUUCUGAUGACAGAUUACGACAAACCAGCUGGACCUAUGAAGAUGCUAAACAGGUUGCCCAACCAUGCACUGUUGAAGAAUUAUACGCAUUUGAGCAGUCUCACUUGCAUAUGGUAUCAAUUUCAUUUCUCCAAAUUUAUUCCUUUACCCAUAUCCUUUGAGUACUUUGCAACGCAUGAGUCUUCUGUCGCAUGUAAUAGUCUUUCAACUCUGCAUAUAUGAGGUGUGAUACAACACUUACCUAUUGAACAUGUUUCAUAGCAUACCAUUAAUUAUCUCAAUGAUGGCUUCCUCAGUUUGAAACUUGAUUAUGUAUUAGUACUUCUCAGUUCUCCCACUUGCUGAUCAUACCAAGGGCAUGUAUUUUAUGCUGUCACUCCUGAUUAUAUUUCUUCGCACUACUUUGGUUUAUUCUAUUUCAUUCAAUUAAUCCAAUUAAUCCAAGUUGUCCUCAUUCUCUAUAUGGUGGCCCAAACAUGUGAUUCCAUUACUUACAUUUUAUGUUUGAAUUGUCAUUUUCUGUAGUUCUGCAGUGCAACUCCUUUUUAUUAGCAUUGAUAUACCCGAUUGUAACAAAUGGCUCUGUUUCAAUUCGGAGCUUUAUAAUUUAAAUAUUUGUAGCCGUUACUACUCACUUAACAAAGGCAUCCGCUGUCCAUACUUUCCCGGGCGAGGAUUACCUCAUUCGUGGACUGAUCUUAGAAUUGUGUGUGGUAUGGUCACCAUCAAGGAAACAGUUCAUUGUCCACCUUAGAAUUACGGAUGACUAUGCAGAGUUUGAUGUCUCAUUCAUAUCAAUCAAUUUUAGAGCUAUAGUUGAUACGGUCUUCCCAGCCAAGGAUGAUUACGUUUGGGACCAGACCUUCUUUGAUGCUCUGAAUUCCUUAAAAGGGAAACACUUUAGUUUUAUUCUCCGAUUUCACAAUGCAUGUUAUAUGGGAUGCAAAGCCUGAAAUGAGAACAAUAGCCUGAAACUAAAUAAACAAAGACCCAAUUCAAAAAACGAAAGACUGUGAUUGACUCUAGAGAUGCUCCAAAGAUUGACUCUAAUAAGCUUCCAACCUAGUUAAAAACAAAGUCAUGAAAUGUAAGUCAAAAGUCACUCUAAUAAGCUUGUAACCUAGUUAAAAACAAAGUCAUGAAAUGUAAGUCAAAAGAGUAGCCAUAUGUAAUCAACAAUAUGAAAAAAAUUUAUGUAAAGAUCACACAGCUUGCUUUAUGUCUUACAGUGGCUUUCUAUGUAUCCCAUUGCAAGUAUUUUAUACACAUUGCAAGUAUGUUGCUUUGAAAUAAUAUUGUUGCAUAAAUAAUAGCUUAUUGUUGCCAAUAUACAUAGAGAAAUGAUACUGCUGCAUAAAUAAGAGAAGGAUGCGCCAUAGAGAAGGGGAUAACCUUCAUUGUUGGAUUGAGAACCCAAUUAGAUGGUUUGGACUACCAAAACUGAAGAGGCAACUCUGGAACACAAAAAUUUUUAAUAUGGCAUCAUUAGAAGCUAAUGAAAAGUUCAGAAUCCUAAUAACUAAAAUUACAUGGAUCAGGAAUAUGACGUUGUAUAAAUGAAAUCACACAAUGAGCUCCCGAAAGUACAGCUACCUGCAGAAGAAGAAAACAACACACCGACACAAUUCAUACCCUAACCCCAGAUGUUGAUGAGGGUAAAAUGAAGAAUACGACGACAUAGACUAACCUAGAACUGAUUAUGAGGGGAAAUCCUCAAUCCUCAUGUUGCUCUUUCGUGAACUCAGCCUGCACCACCUGGGUAUCCCUGGCAUACUUGCUCAGCACUUUGUUCGAGCCCUUGAGAACCCUCGUGGUCAGGUCUUCGAGUAGGUCUUGUGUCUCCGACGGGAUGAACAGCUUGUCGAGUGGAAUCAAUGGCUGGGUUUCCGUCGGUGAAGGUGAUUCGAGAAGAUGAUUCACUUGGAUGGGCUCGCCAGCGGAUAGGGCAGAUUAGGGCCUGAUUAAGGUAGGGAGUCGGUAGAUCUUCGAGCAGAGGGUAAAUCGGAACUGUGAUUCCAAGAGGCGAAUCAGAAUAAAUUAAAUCCCCCACGAAGAACAGUUACAAUGGAGAAGUCUUUGCAAAGGUAGGUUUUGGUUUUGAGCCGCGUAGAAUGUGAGGCGCAAAGAAGGAAGUUCGGAAAGGGUAAUAUAUGCUGGUGAAGGCUGGAAGGCGCCGAAAGCCAAACAUGGAGCGGAGAAAAGAUUGAGGGUAACCGCCGCUAUUGAACCCAGCCACGUUAGCAUCCCGAAAAUCACUAUAAUGUCAGAAUUUUUUGAAUGUUGGUUGUAGUUAAAAGUUUCCACUACAAAUGAUAGUGUAAACUAUAGAUGUAGAUUUGUGAAUACUUUAUCUAAAAUGAUCAAACUGGAAGUUGGAAUGUUUGUACAUAAUUAACUAUAUUUGGGCCCGCCCGUUGGCCGGAUAAAUUUCAUUAAUAGUAUAGAUAAACAUAGUAAUUGUUUGAAAAAGGCAUGUCUUAUUCCAUAUCGGUAUAAUUCUCAAGAUGCUAACCACAUUUAUUAACUAAAGUUAUUACUGAAAGUAAAAAUAAAAUGAAUGCAAUAAAAUCAAUACUUACAAAUUUAAUCAAACCAUACUAUUUGCUCACCGCUGUCAAGAAUUAUUGAAAAUUUUAUUUAGAAUUUCAUGUGAUUGCUCUGCCUCAACCAUCUAAAGCACCGUCAUCCCCACCAAUUAUAAUGCCUUUUUCUUCCUUAACUAAACCUUUAUCUUCACAAUAGGUUGUUCCUACUUUUUUUUAUUAGACACCAAUCUUUAAUAGUAAAAUGUUUAAAACACUAAAUAUUAGUAGAAUUUUAUGUCUCGUGAACAUUUUAUGAGAUUUUUUCUUUCCCCUAAUGCAAACAACCAAUAGACCAACAUAUAAAUUUGAUCAUUUAUAGAUUGAAAACUUAAUGAAUAAUUUGUAGGCAUUGACUAUUCGCCAAUAUAUACGUUUCUUCUUUCUUGUAUAUCUGCAAAUUUUCUUUUCAAAAUUGGUUGAGGAAACUAUGGUGGUCAACUAUGAAAAUAAUUAAACCUACCAUGAACGUGAUUUUUUUUUUAUCUGUGGUGGUUUUAUUUAUGAUUUAUAAAUCAUGAAUUAGGUGGGGAGUAUCAUGAUCAUUCUAAGUUGACUUUAGGAAGAUUGGAAGCUUAGUUAAAGUCUAGUAAUGGAGGCGAGACCCACUUUCAUAACAAACUAAAGAAAAAUUGAUGGUGGAAAAACACGAUUAGGAAUUGUUGCAUAGAUUGGGUACCAUUAUAGAAGAAUUGAUAGGUCAUGAAUGCUAUAUGAUGCUAGAUAACAUACAUUUUAUUCCAAAUAUGUCAAAAUGGAUACUAUUUUGUUAGUAUAUUUAAUUUGAUGUUUAGUUAAUAUCAAUUAUAAAAAAAAUGUAAUAUGGAAUAAUUGAAAACUAACAACGAAGUGGUUAUGAACCUUGAUUAUACACCAAAUUAUAUUAAUAAAUUAGCUAAAUGAAUACAGUAAAACAAAACUGCUAAUAAUAAUUUCAAUAAAUAUGUAGAGAUGAAUUUUACAAUGCUUUUAUUUGGAAAAAAAUGUAUGUAUAGUAAAAUUGAACUUAUAUUUUUAACAUUAUAGUCAAAUUCAUUUUGUAUCUAUACCUUUUCGUCACAAAUUUUUUUCUACUACAAACUAAAUUCUACUUUUAAUGUCUCUUUACAAAUUUAGUUGUAAAUAUAUCUUCUCAUAAAAAUUCAUUUAUGAUACAAACGGAAUUGUCCUUUAACAUUAUGGUACGGUUUGUAUCGAUAUAUUUUUGUACAAAUUAAAUUUAUACUUUAACA